GAGAUCAACACAUCACACAAACUCACCACUUACACGUACAUUCUCCACUACACGAUGCCUGUAACCGAAGUUGCGACUCUUCCNCUCGUUACUGGGUCCGAUGUCUUUGAGCGAGGUAGCGAAGCAGCCCGUAUCUGGCAGGAUAUGCUCUCGACCAUCUCACAACAAGAUGGCUGCCAGAAUGUCUACUCUGGACUGCAACAUGAAAGCCCAGACACGGCGCAACUGUUCAUAGUGUANGUUUGGGGUACGAUUGAGCAUCAUCAAAAGUUCCAAAACCUAUCGAUCUACCAGCAGAUGCUCAAGAGUCUGGAACCAAUCCUUGGUGGAUCUCCACAGCUCGCCCACUUCGAGCUCAAGAGUCCCAGCGACCUUGCCUCCGCGGUGUCUGCUCCUGUAACCGAGCUGGCAACCCUCUUCCUCCUGGAACAAAAGUCAUCAUUUGAUGAUAGCCUGGGCUCGUUUGCAAAGAUCCUGAAUGAGCAUGCAGAGGGGUUCUUAGGAUGUACAUUCUCCUGGAUAAUGAAAUCUGUAGAGCACGAGAGCUUUGGUCCAGGUGUCGAGGGAAGAGCUUGCCUCCUAGCCAUUGGAUGGUCAUCGAUAUCUGCUCAUAUGGCAUUCAAAGAGACCGCUGCUUUUCAGAAGGGACUCGAGUAUUUCAACGAUGCGGUCGGCAGUGAGAUACAUCACACGGUGUUCAUCGCCGGUUAG